AUGAAACAACUUGUCUCUCGUGGCGAUUGUGACUUUGAGGACAACAUGUGCGAGUGGCGUCACUCUCUCGACGGGAACAUCCAGUGGCUGAGGUCAUCCGGAGGCACCGCCAGCUCCUUCACUGGUCCCGAUAUCGACCACACCAAAGGAACCAAAGAUGGUAACUACAUGUACCUGGAGACGAGCUCCCCACACAGUAUCGGGGACCACGGGGUCUUGGUGAGUGGGGUAUACAAUCCCCCUGCCUCCGGCACCGUCACCAAGUGCCUCAACUUCUGGUACCACAUGUUUGGGAAAGACAUCGGCGAGCUCUCACUCUACAAGGUGGAAGAUCUUGGCGGAACCAAGACCAAGACCAUUGCUUGGAGUCUCUUCAACGAGCAGAGUGUCGAUGAAAAGGACUGGAAGAACGGAGCCAUCUCCUUCACCAGCGACAAGAACUUUGAGAUCUAUAUCGAUGGUGUUGUUGGUGCCGGAUACCAAGGCGACAUUGCUCUGGACGACUUCACUGUAACAGACACAGCAUGCACAGUCCAACCGGCUGCAGCCAAGCCAAGCACAGCAUUUGACUGCGACUUUGACAAUGGACCCUGCGGCUGGAGGCAGGACCCCAACGACGACUUUGAUUGGCUACGCUCCAUCGGGGGCACUCCAUCGUCCGACACUGGUCCCAGUGGAGAUCACACCACUGGAUCAGGCUUCUACAUGUACACGGAGACCUCAUUUCCCCGCCAGUCAGGCGACGUGGCCAUGUUGGUCUCACCGGUCACCAAGGGCGACGGCAGCAACCUGUGCUUCUCUUUCUGGUACCACAUGUUCGGCAGCGACAUGGGCACACUGGAAGUUCUUCUCCGGGAAGCGGGGAGUUCAAACGACCAAGCUCUCUGGCGAAAGAAACAAGACCAGGGCAAUCAGUGGCUACAGUCUUUCCGUAACAUCGGUUCCUCCAAAGACUUCCAGAUCGUGCUCAAAGGUAUCCGGGGAGGAGGUUACGAGAGCGACAUCGCCAUUGAUGAUGUAAAGAUGGUCACGGGGCAGUGCCCGCCUGAGAGAUACUGCGACUUCGAUUUUGACCUGUGCGGAUUCACGCAGUCGUCGACCGACCAGCUGGACUGGAUCCGAGACAUGCCCAUCAACGUACCCAUCAACACCCAGGCACCGCCGGUCGAUCAUUCAUCCGGAACCAACAUCGGCUACUACCUUUACAUCGAUGUGGACAAGGCAAGCAGUGCCACAGACAAGGCGGUCCUGGAGAGUCCAUCCUACCCGGCCAACGCAACGGGCGACUGCGUCCAGUUCUGGUACUACCUGAGCGGGACCAAGGACGGUACCCUCCAGAUCGUGCAAGAGAACGUAGGGAAGGUGUGGGCCCAGACGGGAGAGCAGGGGGCCUUCUGGAGACUGGGCUACGCCACUGUGAUAUCCGCCACCGCACAGAUAAAGGUUUCCAUUGAGGCCAUACCCGGAGUUUCAGGAGCUGGCAUCAUCGCUAUCGAUGACCUGGAAGUGAUGAAAAAAGCCUGCCCACCACCAGGAAGCUGCGACUUUGAGGACGGCCUGUGCAGCUGGAUGAACGGAGACGGCGACAACUUUGAUUGGUCCAGGACUAACGGGCAGACCCCAAGCUCAACGACCGGCCCGAAAUUUGACCACACCACCAUGACUCCAGCCGGUUUCUACCUGUUCAUAGAAGCAUCCUAUCACUACAAGGACGACAAGGCCAACCUCAACAGUGAACACUUUAACCCCACCGACAAAGCCUGCUUCCAGUUCUGGUACCACAUGCUCGGAAAGGGCAUCGGCGAGCUCGUCGUGUACGUGCACGACGCCGUCUCCGACGUCGCCGAGGAGAAGCUGACCAUCAGCGGUAACCAGGGCGACGAGUGGCACACUGCCCAGGUGGACAUCUCCAGCCAAAAGGUCUUCUACCUGAUCAUGAGCGGGGUCAUAGGUCACAACUACACCAGCGACGUGGCCAUCGAUGACCUGAACUACAUCCCUGGACAGAAGUGCAUCCGAAACCACCUGAACUGCACUUUCGAGACGGACAUUUGCAGCUACAUCCAGGUGCCAUCACCCGACGACGAUUUUGACUGGACGAGGGGGUCAGGCGAGACCGCGAGUCUGAACACCGGCCCAGGAUACGAUCACACCUACGGGGACAAGACAGGCUACUACAUGUACCUGGAGACGUCACCGUCCAGUGUGGGCACCAACCACAAGGCCCAGCUGGCCUCGGCCAUCAAUGAGCCCACCGUCAACACGGGCGGCGCCAUGUGCCUGACCUGGUGGUACCACAUGUACGGGCUGUCCAUCAACCGGCUCAAUGUCUACAUCCGGCGCGGCGGUCAGGACACCCGGAUCUGGACCCGCUACCAGACCCAGGGCAACCAGUGGCUGAAGGCCAUGUACACGGUCACCUCCGAGAAGUCCUGGCAGGUUGUUUGGGAAGGUCUGGCUGGUAACUCCUUCACAGGCGACAUAGCUCUCGACGACAUCCUGAUCUACUACGGCCCCUGCCCACCACCGAGUAAGGCAAAAAUCAAAUGA